AUGCGCGUGAUCGUCUUCGAAGAUAGAUUCCCAGACGAUGUCUUUGUCUUUUCGGAGACAAAAGUAGAGCUCGUCGGUGUCCUGUUUUGUUUGGUUCGUACACGAGAGAGAAGGAAGAACAUUAGCGUAAAGAACACAUUUGAGAUCAUCAGAAGGGAAAAAAACGCUCGAAAAACACCAUCGAGACUUACCCUCGUCCAACUGCUCUCAUCCAACUUAAUCGUCCUAAAGAGCACACCACCGCAAACAUCCGCUCGGCUCCCCCACGCGUGUCCUUUCAAUCUCACCCCAAGCGUUGACGUCGUCAAUUUAACCUCAAAGUCGCCGUUCUUUUCCGAGCUGUUCGUUGGAAUUCGAAUGAAUAUUUCCACGUCCGUCGUGCUUUGCUGCCAGCGAACGAGAUCUUUCCUCGGAUCGAGCGCGAGGUACUUUUGCUUCUCUGCGUUGGUUAUUCGGGAGCGUUCGUCGAGCGAGGAGGAAUCGAACGCGAUUUUGAUCUCGUCGUUUCUUUUCGUCGCAUCAUCGGAGGCGUCUGAUGAUGUUGACAUUUUUAUUUGUGAAGUCUUUCCCACUUGCGCGUAUUUUUUCCCUCAUUCUUUCUCCCGCGCGGAGCGAAGUAAACGCGCUCGAAAGAAGACAAAAACAAGAACUCGAUCGAGAGAGAUGGGACGCGACGACGACGGUUCGAACGAGGAUGCGACGGAAACGUUUUUCCCAUCCGUCCCUGGUCUGAGAUACAUUCCGAACGUGCUCGAUGCGGAAACCCACGACGUACUCGUCCAAUUUAUCCACUCGCAACUCGCACUCGGUCGCUCCGGAAAACUGGAAAAGAAAGCGACGUACACUCCAAUUCCACCGAAAUGGGAUAAACGUUUACAAGGGAGAGAGAUGCUGCAAUACGGGACGUACACGCACUCGAAUCGAGUGUACACCGACCACGAGGUUGAAGUCGAACCAAUGCCGGAGAUUUUGCGAGAGCUGGUGGUGGAAAGACUCGUGGAGCGAGGCGUGUUCGGAGAAGAGAAGAACGAGGAAGAUGCGAGAAAGAAUCUCUCAUCCGGUGGUGGUGGUGGUGGUGGUGGUGGUGCGAAUGACACUUCUCGUCGACGCUUCUUGCCGGACAGUUGCACGGUGAACGUGUACCGCAAAGGCCAAUGGUUGCCGCCGCACGUGGACAAUCCAAAUUUUAAGAGGCCUUUUUGUACGGUGAGUUUGUUAGCGGACGAGAUGUGCAUUUUCGGGAGAGGUAUCGUCUGGCACCCUGGUUUAGACGAGAGUAGUACUAGUGGUAGUGGUAGUAGUAAUAGUAGUAGUAAUAGCGCGGUGUUGCCGGAGGAAAGUUGGUACGACGUGACGAACGCGCUCGACGGCGAGGAGUGUCGAGUGGUGUGCGAGAAAAAUUCAGCGAUAAUUUUAGACGGAGAGAGCGGGGACGUGUACGAACACGCGAUAUUGCCAGUACGAGCGGAAGACGGGAGGAUUUCGUUGACGUUUCGAAAGAGAGAUUGGGAUGAAGACGCGGUAAAUAAAAGAACGGAAGAGACGGAGAAGUGGAGAGCGGAGUACAGGGAGAAGAGGAAAACGGCGUACGAGGCGACGAAGGAAGAGGUGGUGCGCGUGGAAACAGAGAGGGCGAGGAUCGCGCGCGAACGUUUAGAGAGAAAGAAAGCAAAGGAGGCGAGAAAACUAGAGACUUUGGCCAGAAAACAACGCGAAUUAGAAAUAGUCGAGGAACGACGAAAGGAAAAGGAAGAAAAGAAGAAGACGAAGGAACCGAAAUCGAAAACGCACAAGGAAUGUUUGCCGGUUCCGGAAGGUUUGUUGAAGAAUGAUGGAGACGACAACAACGACAAAAAGAAAAACGACGUCAACGAGGACGAUAAAAACAUCAGCGAUGUGAACAAAAUGCCAGAAGUUGAACGCGAAUACGUGCAAAAAGUCUACGACGUCGUCGCGAAGCAAUGGCACGGCACGCGAUACCGGUCGUGGCCGGCGAUUGAAAAGUUCGUCGCGAACCAACCUAAAAAUGGCUUCGUGGCCGAUAUCGGAUGCGGGAAUGGUAAAAACAUGCACGACGUCGUCAAAGGAGGCGGUACUGUAAUAGGCAUGGACUUCUCGCACGGUUUGAUUGAAAUUUGCGCCGAGCAAGGCUUCGAAGUCCAAGUCGCUGACGCUUUAAUGGUUCCGUACCGCUCGCGCGUGUUUGACUACGCGCUCAACAUUGCCGUUUUGCACCACAUUUCCAGCGAAGAACGCAGAAUUCGCAUGUGCGAAGAAACUCUUCGCGUGGUUAAAGUCGGCGGCGUCGCGUUAUUCUGUGCCUGGGCGUACGAGCAAGACAAAGGCGGCGUUUCCGGCCACGACUUUCUCGCGCAAGACGUCCUCGUCCCGUUCCACAAAAGACCAAUCGCCAAAGGCAUGCGACCGGCCGAGCAAAAAGAAUUGGACGACGCGAUGGUCAGAGAAGGCAAAGCGCCGUCUCACGGAGAAAUCAACCAAGAAAAACACACGGUCGUGUACCAAAGAUAUUGUCACGUGUACAAAGAAGGCGAACUCGAAAAGUUAUUCGAGAAAAUACCGGGGUGCAAAGUCGAAGCUGCGUACUUUGAUUUCGGCAACUGGUGCGUCGAAGUCCGCGUGACGAGAGAACUGAAAUGA